CCAUUUCCCAUGCUGUGCUUUGAAAUGCAGAUCCUAACCACCUCUCCCGAGGAAAAGGGAGGCACAUAUACUCUAAACAAGUACUUCUGCAACUUCGAAGAGUGAAAUCAGUCAUUAAGCAGCACUUACAAGCGGAUUCCGAAUAACCUGUACCCAAGAGAUUUUUAAUUCUGUUUCACAUUCAGCAAGUAUUGCAAAUCUUCAGCGUAUCAACAACCAUCAUGGAACCAGCGUUUGGGGAGGUGAACCAGUUGGGAGGUGUAUUUGUCAAUGGCAGACCACUGCCUAAUGCCAUUAGAUUGCGGAUAGUUGAACUGGCCCAACUGGGAAUUCGACCUUGUGAUAUCAGUCGACAGUUACGAGUUUCACAUGGCUGUGUCAGUAAAAUCCUCGCUCGGUACAACGAGACUGGUUCCAUAUUGCCCGGUGCGAUCGGUGGGAGCAAGCCUAGAGUGACAACCCCCACGGUGGUCAAACACAUCCGAGCGUAUAAGCAGAGAGACCCGGGGAUUUUUGCGUGGGAGAUCCGUGACCGACUCUUGGCCGAUGGUGUCUGUGACAAGUACAACGUUCCUUCGGUCAGCUCAAUCAGCAGAAUCCUGCGGAACAAGAUCGGAAACAUGUCCGAGCAGAGUCAAUACGAGUCGAGCAAGGCUCAGGCGCAUCCGCCUCCACAGUCGGCUCUCCAGUACAAUGCCAUUUAUUCCUAUUCCAAUCCCAUCACAACGGCCGGAGCUAAAAUGCCAUCGUCGCCCGGUGUGCCCGCCAUCCCAGCACACAUGGGAAUUCACAGGACCUGGCCUUCCUCGCACUCUGUCUCCGAUAUCCUCGGCAUCAGAACAUUGUUUGAGCAACAAGGUGCUAUUCCCAUUAGUGACAGUUCUUCUUAUCCUACUAAAGUGGAAGAAUGGAACAGUAUAAACAGGAGUCACUUCCACUCCUCAAACCAGUCUACAGUGAAUGGACUGGACAAGUCCCCACUGGAGCAGGAAGUCAAAUAUACUCAGGGUUCCAAUGGUCUACCUGCAGUUAGCAGCUUUGUCUCUGCCUCAAGUAUGGCUCCUUAUCCUCCACCUCCACAAGUAUCUCCCUACAUGACAUACAGUGCGGCUGCUUCCAACUACAUGGCAACUCACGGCUGGCAGCAUGCAACUGGCAGCACACUGUCAGCUCACAGUUGUGACCUUCCCACACCACUGCCAUUCAAAAGCAUUCAAGCAGUUAGAGAUUGUAGCCAUUCCAUUGCAGCCUCCGCACUGUAGUACACAAUUAAUUGCAGUUCAGUGUCUUCAUCCCUGCAUCAGGACAAAUACAGAGCCAGCGCUGAUAAAUACAGGCAUGAGGUGAUGCCUAUCAAUAACUUCACUUAGUUUGCUCUUAAUGAGUUAUUAGAUUCUGAAUCUGCGUGAGACAAAACAAACCCCACCCUCACUUUAUGACUGUAAUUAUGUCUU